CAUCUGCUUCACUCGCUGCGCCGCGACACACUCCCGCCGAACUUUUGUCCGACCAAGCAGAUCGUUGCCGCACUCGCUCCCAAAUUUCGCCGUUACCCUGUGGCAUGUCAAUCACUGAUGACCAUGGCGUUGAAUCAAUAACCGCUGCGCGGACGAGGCCGCUGAACGACGUCCCCUUCCACUGCAUCUCGACUUGGGCCCCCAUAUAACUCCUUGACAGCCCAGGAGUCCUGUCGUGUGACCUGCCAUAGGCUACACACGCGUCAUAUGGGAACACUGCGGCAGAUCUGGACGACAUUGUAGCUACAGCAUAACGCGCAGCUCCAGCUCCACCUCUUCAUUGCUAGCCUGGACUGCCACAAUGGCAGCGCUCCACCAUCGCCCCGAGAUCGACGACAUGCGGUCCGCUUUUGAUUCGGCUUCAUGCCAGUCAGACCAGGACAGCGAGCGAACGUCGUAUAAUACAUCACGUUCUGGGAGCGACAGAUCAUACCGCACAGCAGCAACAGAGCAUUCACAACACUCGACGAAACGACCCCCUCGCAUACACUACACGACCUGCGAUGGCAAUCAUGAGAGGACACCACAGUAUUUUACGGACAGGCAGCCGCAGGAGAGCCCCCGCGGUUCGGUCGAGACCUUUGCAUCCACAGUUGCGAGCGAAGAGGAUGUUCAAGAGGAGAUACCCGCACCAGACUUCGACGUGCCAGAGUAUACUCAGCAGCAAAGAGGACCAGCUGCCGUUCCAGCAACACCAGCAGACUUCUCUGAGCUGUUCCCUUCACAUCGCAGGCUGUUGAUCAGGCAUGACGAUACCACAUUGGAUGGGAAUAUGAACUUGAGGGUCGAUACUGAGGUCAAUAUUCGUGGUCAAAGACGCGACAUGACUCUGUUCCAUCUCCGAAUGCACGAGCUCCGCGAACGUGAAUUCUCUCUGCGGCGAUAUUGCCGCGAUUCUGGCCGCGAGGUUUGCCAUUCAUCUCGCAAGGUGGAAAAGCCGCCUAUGAAGCGACCAGGUUUCCAACGAUCGCUCAGCAACGCUUUGAGUACUCUGCGUUCCAAAUCGGACUCACGAAGUCCCACAUUCUCAAGUCUCAAGCGUAAUGACUCAGGCUACGGCUCUCUUAGCUCUUCCAUUGAUAAUGACUGGGAGGACCGGGCCAAUUCGGCGAGCGCCACACCUAAGCAGCCACCCGCUGUCACGACAAAUUCUAUCAAACUUGAGUUCUCGAACUAUGCACAAGUCGAAAUCAGGCGAACGGGUGUGAAGGGCAGCAAGCGUUAUGAAUUCGAAUAUUGGGGAGUGAGCUACGCGUGGCGACGAGCGACUCGCAGAGACAUGGAAGGGUCUCCGACGUCGUAUACAUUGACGAAGGCUGGAAGUGAACGUUCCUUGGCGCAUAUUAUUACUGCUGCGUUGACCCCUGCGCAAAUCGAGGAGGAGCGUCGUCAAGGUGGUUGGAUACCGCCUUGUGGCAUGCGACUUGAGGACGAGAGUCUGGUCCGGGGCCAGAAAGACGUCGCAGAUGUCAUUGUUGCUUCCGGAUUGAUUGCUCUCGUCGACGAUUCAAUCAAAACGCACUUUAGUACGAGGCAAAAGCUCGAGAUCGUCGGACCGAAACGAUUUCUCAGCGAAAUCUUCAAGCGUGAGACGGGUAGUCAAACAAGUCACCAGUCAUUACACGAGCAAGAAUCUCGGCCUUCCAGCCGCGGCACAGGUACUACCAGCUUACGGACUCCAGCAAGAGCGGUCAGCAAUGUAAUUUGAGUGUUGGACUGCCACACGGCGCGUGAAACAAGCAAUCCACGCGCUUUGCGCAGACGCAGGCGGUCAAGAGGAUCCCCGAUCAGCCUCGUGAUUGAUCACGACGUGACACUGCGGCCUGCGAUGCAGCUUGCCGUACCGAGCCACGGAAGUCUCUUUCGACGUCUGUUCAAUGGGAUUUGUAUCAAGGAAGAUGACGGCGAGCGGGAGAAAAAUCUCAUUUUGUUUGACAGGACGCAUAGCAAUCGCAGACGCUUCGCGGUGACAGCACAACACAGUAAAAGCAUCAGCAGAGCACUGGCGGCUUCGCCACCAACGAGUGCCCGCCACUCGGGAAAAGAUGCACCAUUUCAGCUUGAAUUCGCAAGAAUGACUACAGUCACGCUACGGAAGCAGUGUAUACUAUCAAGGUAUCCAAAGUGCCGAAAGGCUAAACUCAGGUCGGGCUCACCAUCGUUUUCUUGUGCUGAGCUGGAAGGUCCUCAUCGCUCCACUCCAUGAGGAGCGGCCUCGAGGUUAAGACUUAGCCCUGUUAGCUUGCAUAUGUCUCGCACCGAGCACGCUGCUUCCCGUUAUGCAUGCGGCAGCUGUGCAGGAGCGCGCAUGCCACUCAAACGCCAGGUCCCGAUUGAGAUACAUCGCGCCAUGUAUCGGCUUUGCGAGACCCAACACACGCAAACGCAAGUUUGCUGGCACCAUGAAGC